UACAACCAAUGUCUUUUAUUGUCGAUUGAACGUCGUCCGACAUAGUUAAAUAAUGUCCCCGCUAUAUUUUGUGCUAUUCGCAACUUUGCUAGCAAGAGUUGCCUAUACUUCGGAGCUAAGUAGAGUGAAGCGACAAGUCCCUGGCGGUGUAGCAUUGCAAGACCCUAAUGACCCAAAAUACAAGGAAUUGGCGCAAGAAUCGUUUGAAAAGUACCGCGUGACUAACCCAGGCGGCCAAAUAGAUGUCAAAGACCUCAAAGUAACCAGAGUGACCAGACAAGUUGUUGCUGGUUACAAGACGAUUAUUGAUUUCACUGUAACCCCUACUAAUGGUGAAGUUAUUACGUGUCAUUCUGUGAUUGUAGAACAGGCGUGGUUAAAAAAGAAAGAUAUUGACGUAGAUUGCAAUAUUAAUCAACCAAACAGUAGUAUUGAUGGUGAUCUAGAAGAAAAAGAUCCUGAUGAUGAACAACAAACGUGUGAUUUGGAUGAUCAGUAAGGGUCCAUUUUGUACCGGUUUGAAGAAGAAUUAAGAAAUGCGAAUCAUGGUUUCAUGUUUUUAUUACAUUACAGAACUUAUUUUUCAAAUAAAUGGUAAAACAUG